CAGUUCUUCAGAGACCUUGUAAAAGCCUCUCUACAUCAAGCAACUGAGUGACUCUGGGUUGCUCAGCGAGACCUUAAGAAUUGUGGAUAUCAAUUCACCUGGAAGAUUCAACCACUGCUACUCAGAGCUACUGCUGAAAUACCAUGUCUAAGAACUCGGAGUUCAUCAACCUGUCAUUUUUAUUAGAUCAUGAGAAGGAGAUGAUCCUGGGAGUCCUAAAGAGAGAUGAAUAUUUGAAAAAAGUAGAGGACAAGAGAAUAAGGAAGCUGAAAAAUGAACUCUUGGAAGCAAAACGUAGAAGUGGGAAGACUCAGCAAGAGACCAGCAGGGUCUGUGCUCACUGUCAGCGAAACCUGGGCUUGAUAUUCGACCGCGGAGACCCGUGCCAGGCCUGCUCACUCAGGGUGUGCGGCCAGUGCCGGGUCUCAGGCCUUGAUGGCAGCUGGCGGUGCACCGUCUGUGCCAAAGUCGCGCAGCUAAGGAGUGUAACUGGUGAAUGGUUUUUUGAAGAAAAGGCAAAGCGUUUCAAGCACGUCAGUGUUCUGGGCACUGAUGUUGUCCGACAGUCCAUCUUAAGAAGAAGUCCAGCUGAAGAAAUACAAAGCCAAGAACAAACCCACCAGAACGCAGAAAAGUCAGACACUUCGCUUUCUGCUGGGCGGAAGGCCAGCCACGAAGGGCCCAGGAAAAAGGGAUUUCUUCUUAGCAAGUUCAGAUCAGCAACCAGAGGAGAAAUUGUAACUUCAAAAACUGAAAGUGGGCGGAGCUACAGCUUGGACUUAGACAGCCAAAAUUUUCGGAGUUUAAAGUCAGCCCCUGGUUCAGACAGGGGAAGCACUGGUUCAUCAGAUUUCAACGAGCAGGAAGCUGGUCCUGGGACUCCAAGGAGCAUCCAGAGCAAUGGUGUGACCCCAGUCACUCAGAGGUCACCGGCCCCAAGCACACGCAGCGUGACCUCAGUCAGCAGUCGAGAACACGGUUUCGAAAAUUCCAUGGAUUUGGCUGCCAUUGAAAGCACCUCUGAGGGUCUCACAAAGAGUCAUCACCGAAGAACUUCCGGCACACCUUCCAUAGCAGUGUCCAGGGCCUCCCUCUCCUCAGACCGGAGUCGAUCUGAGUUAGAUUUGAGUGGGUCAUUUACAGAAGACUUAGAGGAUACUGUAAGCAUAAGAAGCAAGUCUGUCCCUGGGGCUUUAGACAAAGACUUGGACUACUUGGAAGAGACGGAAGAAGGCAUUGAUGACUUAGCGUCCUCUCGGUUUUCUGCCAACACCCACAGUCUAGCAAGCGGCCUGUCAACCACCAGCCUGAACAGCAUGCUGAGUGUUUACAGUGAAACAGGAGACUAUGGCAACGUGAAGGUCAGUGGGGAAAUCCUUCUCCACAUCAGCUACUGCUACAAAACUGGCGGGCUCUACAUUUUUGUCAAGAAUUGCAGAAAUCUGGCCAUAGGAGAUGAAAAGAAACAGAGGACAGAUGCUUAUGUCAAGUCAUACCUUCUUCCUGACAAGUCUAGAAAUAAUAAGCGCAAGACCAAAAUCAGAACAGGCACCAAUCCAGAAUUCAAUGAAACACUAAAGUAUACCAUCAGCCACAGCCAGCUGGAAACGAGAACUCUGCAGCUCUCAGUCUGGCAUUACGAUCGAUUUGGACAGAACAGCUUCCUUGGGGAGGUGGAGAUUCCUUUUGACUCAUGGAACUUUGAAAAUCCAAGUGAUGAGUGGUUUGUGCUUCAGCCCAAGGUGGAAUUUGCUGCUGAUAUUGGCCUUCAGUACAAAGGAGAGCUGACAGUCAUUUUACGUUACAUACCCCCGGAGGAGAACCUGACACUUCCACUAGGACAGCUUCAAGGAAAGAAGACCUUUAAACGAGGAAAGAAGAAGGAUUCUCCUGUCAUCUCUGGAGGAAUCCUAGAAGUGUUCAUCAAAGAGGCAAAGAAUUUGACAGCGGUGAAAUCAGGAGGCACUUCUGAUAGCUUUGUGAAGGGCUACCUGCUCCCUGAUGAUAGCAAAGCCACCAAGCACAAAACUCUGGUAAUAAAAAAGAGUGUUAACCCUCAGUGGAAUCAUACCUUCAUGUUCACUGGCCUGCAUCCCCAAGAUUUAAAGAAUGUUUGCCUAGAACUUACCGUCUGGGACAAGGAGGCCUUUUCCAGCAACAUCUUUCUGGGAGGAGUUCGUUUGAAUUCUGGAAGCGGUGUGAGCCAUGGGCAGACCGUGGGUUGGAUGGACUCUCAGGGGGAAGAGCAACGCCUCUGGCAGAAGAUGACGGACAAUCCUGGGACUCCGGUAGAGGGCGUACUCAUGCUCCGUGCCAGCAUGGGCAAGAGUAAGCUCUGA